AGAAAUCUCUGGAAGUUUCGGCCAGCAUAUCUUCACCCCCUCUCCAACAAGAUAUUUUUCUCUCUCUCUCUCUCUCUCUCUCUCCCUCUUUAAGCAUAAAAAAAAUCUUUUUCUUCUAAAAAACUAUUCUCUCUCUCUCUUUCUCUAAUUUUCUUACAUUCUUUAGGCUCUGUAUCUACUUGGGUUCUCUAUGGUUGGAGAAUAACGAAAUCUGUUGAGCUCUCUCUGGUAUUGGGGCUUCUGGGACUAAAGCUUGUGAGGGAUUUCUUGGUGUCUUCUUAUAGGCCGUGAGUAGUGGUGGUCAUCGUGUUGUGAUGGAUCGGGAAGGAGGAUCCAACGGCGGAUCUAGCUACUAUGCCGUUCUCGGGAUUCGCAAGGACGCCUCCUUCUCUGACGUCCGUACGGCCUAUCGCAAGCUCGCCAUGAAAUGGCACCCAGACAAAUGGGUUCGGAACCAAGUUGUGGCCGCAGAAGCCAAGUGGCGGUUUCAGCAAAUCCAAGAAGCUUAUUCCGUUCUCUCGGACCAAUCCAAGAGGUCAAUGUACGACGCCGGCCUUUACAACCCUCUUGAAGAAGAAGACCAAGAAUUCUGUGAUUUCAUGCAAGAGAUGAUCUCCAUGAUGAACAAUGUUAAAGAUGAGGGGGAUAGUUUUGAAGACCUACAGAGGAUGUUCGUGGAAAUGGUAGGCGGAGAUGGAAUUGGAUUAAACAUCAACGAGGAUCCAACGGCCACAAAGAAGGCACGUGUCAACUCCAAAGGCAGCUCAACCAAGCGCAACUCAUCUCGCUGCUAGCGCACCGCACCGGAUCACAGUGGAGCUUCAUUUUGUUCAUAAUUUCGGUUGAAGUCCCCAAAUUGGUUAGAUUUUGGGCAAUUUGGAUGUGGGUGGAGGAGGGGUUUAGUGGUAAUUUUAGUUUGGCUUGGAAAACCUUUACUGGCACUAAUAAUAUAUAAUGUUUUAGUAAUAAAA